AUGCAGAUCUUUGUGGAGACCCCGACGGGCAAGACCAUCGCCCUCCACGUUGAGCGCAGGGCCACCACUGAGGAUGUCAAAGCCAACGUCCAAGGCAAAGAGGGCAUCCCGCCUGACCAGCAGCAUCUGAUUUUUGUGGACAGACAACUGGAAGAUGGCCGCACUCUGGCAGACUGCACUACCCACAAAGAGUCCACCCUGCGCUUGGCGCGCCUGUGGGGUGGCAUCGUCUCCGUCCUGGCCCAGAAAUGCAACUGCGACAAGAGGAUCUGUCACAGGUCUUAUGCUCACCUGCACCCCCACGCUGUCUACUGCCUCAGGAAGUGCAGCACAACCUGCCGGCCCCCACCUCCCAGAAGAAGGGGUCCACUCACAGACAACACGUUUACUGAGUGGCCUCCCCAGCCGGGCACUGGGCCUCACAAAGGCUUGGACCCCACCCUGUACUUGCCCUGGUGUAGCAGCUCCUGGUGCGUGGGGAAGAUGCACAGAAGAGCCGGCCAAGGGGCCGAGAAAGGGAAACGUGGCUUCCUGUGCCAGAUGCAGGACUGCAGCAGAGCUGAAAGUCCAGAGGUGAUCCAGGUCUGCUGGAACAACUGGGUGACCCCCCUACCCUUCCAUCUUCCCUGGUGA